GCCAUUUUCCUCCAACGACGACGACAACACUACAGUGGAAGAGAGGUCUUCCAAUAGAAUACUACAUAACCAGUACCAUACUAGAUUGAUUACAUAUUCGAAGGGUGUGUCAAGACGCUGCCAAUAGAAGAUACAAAGAAGCCAUCCAUCCAUCCAUCAAUCAACCAAUCAACUCAAGUGAAAAAGACCCUUCCGCCAUUUUUUCUUUCUCCCUUCAAUUGAUCUUUUGCUCUCUCCAUAAAAAUCUCUCAUCCCAAGUUGUUUUCAACUCAACUAUAAUAUAUUCAAUCCAAUCAACCAUGAUGCAAAGUUCCGACGACAUUGAAGCUCAGGCCGAGUCCAAUCAAGAAGUGACCCAUGCAAUGGUGGAACCCACACAGACGCACACGACCAUGGAUGAUCCCGACACGGCGGCUGCCAUUCAUUCCAUGGCCAAACAACGCAAAAGUCUCAAGGAUCGACUGUUGCGCAAAGACAGCAAUGCUUCAUCGCACAAACCUUCUACACCAACUACAACAGCCCCGUCGAUUCACAUUCCUCCUGCCACCAAGGCUCCCAAAGAAACCUUGAAAGCUGUCUACGCCGCCGGCAAAUACAAGGCGGGCUUGACGUGGAAUGUCUUGGCCGUGCAAUCCUUCAUGGCCGGUGUCUACAUUGCUUCCGCGGGACAUUUGUACUUGGCCGUUGGGGGUGGUGUCUUGGGCGCGGCCCUCUUUCCGUUUGGACUCAUUGCCGUCAUUUUGACCAGUGCCGAACUCUUUACGGGAGAUGCCCUCAUUUUUGUCGCCAGUGUGUUGGGUAGACAAGUGCCCUUUUCCCGACUGGUUCGCAAUUGGACCGUCGCCUGGUGUUCCAAUUUUGUGGGAUGUCUGACGUGGGCCUAUUUUCUCUCGUAUUUGAGUGAUGCCUUGGUCGAUUCGCACGCCAAUGAAUUGGCCAUUCAAGUGGCCGAGAAAAAGGCACUCAACAGCAUGGGCAGUAUUUUCCUCAAAGCCAUUGGCGCAAAUUUCAUGGUCUGUGUCGCCGUCUGGCAAGGCACGUGUGCCGAAGAAGUCGCCGGCAAAGUACUGGCAUUGUGGUUCCCCACGGCUGCCUUUGUCAUGAUGGGAUUUGAUCACGUCGUGGCCAAUAUGUACUUGAUUCCCGUCGGAAUGAUGCUUGGGGCGGAUGUUUCGUUUGGACGCAUGGUGGCGGCACUCGCCAUGGCCACGCUGGGAAAUGCCAUUGGAGGAGGCAUCUUUGUCGGAGGCAUUUACUGGUAUGUCUUUGACAGCAUGGCCAGUUUUGGAGGACUCACGGCACGCAUUCGACAGAAUAUGCGUCAUGUCACGCGAUUGCAACAUCAGCAAGGAGGAUCCUUCGUGGCAGGCAAUUCGUCUUUUCGUACCGGAGGAUGGGGACAUCAUCACCAUCAACAACAACAGCAUCAUGCUGAAAACAACAGCACCAAGGCGGCACCACCACCUCCACCCCCGGCAAAGCAACCAUCGUCUCGAUUUGGUUCCGAGUGCGAUGCGUAAUGGGCUUUCGAGCCUUUCCUCGACUACGCGAUGAGCGGAAUCCCCGUCCUGUCGUUGCUUCGUCUGGUCGUUCCAUCUCGAAGCGCUCCUCAAGACGAUGAACUCCCCGUCCCGCACGUGCCAAACUUAACGAAAGCACCAAACCACAAUAACAACCCCCUUCACGAACAAGCGAAACCAACUUGCGAUACAACGGUACGGUACACUGCAUAAUAAAUACAUUUAGACUCCACGUUUGCUUC